ACUAACUUCGAUUCUCUCUCCUUCUCUCUCUCUCUCUCAAUCUUGCUUUCUCUCGCUAAACCCCUCUCCCUUUCACCUAUCUAGCUCCAACAAUGUCGACACCAUUGGAAGCAUUCAACAAACGAAAGCGGAGCCCAAAGAUCUACGGGCUCCAUACGUUCGGCCACCCGGGUUGCCCCAUUGCUCCGGCGGGUCCGUUCCGGGACAACAUCCGGGUGUUCCUCCGGCAGUGCUCCGAGCCCGAGGAGUACAACGUGGACGGCAUGCCAGUUUGGAGCACGUUUCUGGUUCACGAGAACAGGGGGUUUCUGGUCCCUCUGUACACCAUUGAAGAGAGCGUCAAGCACUCGCUCACGCCAUUUUGCGAUCACUGCCGUAGCACUGGUUGGAGUCACCAUUUUGUGUCCAAAAGAAAGUAUCACAUAAUAAUCCCGGUGGACGAUGAGUGGAAUAAGCCUUUGGAUGAAGGGGUUUUUGAUCUGCAAACCCAUCUACUGCACGGAUUGAUCCACUGCAACGGUUUCGGUCAUCUGAUCUGUAUCAAUGGGAUCGAAGGCGGGUCUAAGUACCUUUGUGGUCGAGAAGUCAUGGAUCUCUGGGAUCGUAUCUGCUCAAAUCUUCAUGCCCGGCAAAUAACAGUAGAAGAUGAUUCCAAGAAACACUCAAUGGAUCUUAGACUGCUCCAUGGGGUAGCUUAUGGGCACCCAUGGUUUGGCCGUUGGGGGUACAGAUUCUGCAAUGGGAGCUUUGGAGUAACCCAACACAAGUAUGAAAAAGCAGUUGAAAUUCUCAGCUUCUUAGAACUUGAUCAGAUCACUCACGAUUUCACUACCGGCAGCUUAUUCCGAGAUUUCAAGCACAUCAUACGUUACUACAGAGAUUUGAGUGAAACCAAGUUGAUCACACUCAGAGACCUGCUCAGGUUCAUGCUCGCUCUCAAGUCCAGAGUCCCAUUUCAGAGAAGAUCAGCCAGUGUUGCUUCCACUAGCAUUUCUGCAGCUUCUUGUUCAAAACCUGUGACUAAGUCUUUUGCCAAGGAGAAACCCGUGAAGUGCAGGAAGUUUUCUAAGGUGGCUGUGAGUUUGAAUAGCCGUUGGCCGGUUCGAAGACUGGAGCAUGUAGCAGAUGUGGUGGCGGAUGCCCUGAAAGAAAAGAAAGUAGCUAACAAGGGUUUUAACUGUGGGAUGACUAGGCAGGAGGCACGAGAUGCGGCCCGACUCCAGAUAGGUGACACAGGUUUGAUCGAUUACGUUCUGAAAUCAAUGAAUAAUGUGGUUGUUGGAGGGCUAGUCAUUCGUCGCAAUGUGAAUAGGUCCACUGGGAUUUUAGAGUUUUCGAUCGAGGAGAUCAGAAGAGAUUCUCAUGUCAAUGACACUGAACAAGAACUAGAAGCAGUGCAUAAUCCAGUGCCCUCACCAGCAUUUUCUCCAGGGAUUGAUGUUUAUAAAGACGUAGACUUCCUUUACAGAAAUGUACUGACGGGUUACCCUGUAUCACAACAGAUCAAAUUGGCAGCUCAAACUGUUCUAGACACCAAACACUUUGUGAAGGAGUGGCCUUUUAAGGAUGAAGAGGACGAAUUGCUUCGAUUCAUUUGUCGUGUGGUGUCGAAUUUCAGAGACUCAGAGCGUGAUUUUUCAAGAAGGGAAUUCUCUCAUGGGGAAAUCAUUGUACUGCCAUUGCACUCCACAUUUGGUGAUCUAAAAUCAGAAGUGGAAAAUGCAAUGAGGGACACUUACUGUGUCACUGAGAGUUUAGUGGUGACUGAAAUCGAAGGAAUGGAAGGGAUAGAAGACUGUGAGGUGCUGUUUGGACUGGUGGAGUCGGGUUCUGAGAUUCGGGUUAAAGGGUUCGGUUCGGGUUCGGGUUCGGGUUCAGAGUUGAAGUAUGAGAGUGGGGUUGAUAACUGGACAGUGAGGUGUAGGUGUGGGGCGAGGGAUGAUGAUGGGGAGAGAAUGGUGGCUUGUGAUAUAUGUGAGGUUUGGCAGCACACUAGGUGCUGUGGCAUUGAGGAUUCUGAUGCAGUACCACCGUUGUUUUUGUGUGCCGGAUGCUGCGCCUCUCUGGUGCCGUCUGUGGCUGAUUCAAGCCUUGUGUUUGAGGAGUUUGGGAUGGAGUCUGGUUCUGGUUUGUGGGAAUUGUAGAGAGUGAUGAGGGCUAAUGUGUGCUGUGGGUGUCAUGUGCAGGUGAAUAACAUUUGUAUAGCUAAUUUUGAACGGGCUGUUCGAUGCACGAGAACAACAAGAAAAGAGUUCACAUUAGUGUUUUUUUGUCUUUGUGCAUCGAACGGGCACAGUCUAGAAGUGAUAGUGCCGGUCAAUAGCAUUUUCUGUAGCUGAUAUUGUUGUAGUGUAUGGGAAAAGAAGUGAUAGAGAAUGUUAGGAAUAUGAUCCAUUCUUUGAUAUGUGAACUAGAAACUCAAUAAAG